AUGGCCGACGACGCCCCCAACAAGAUCUCCGUCACCAUCUGCGGUGAUGGCGGAUGCGAAGACUCCUACUCCGUCACCCGCACCAUCGACGGCAUCCCCUACUUCCUCUCCAUCACCGACACCGCCGGACAGGAGGAAUACCGCGGGCUCUGGACCGCCGCCACCCUCAAAUCGGACGCCUUCCUGCUCGUCUACGACAUCACCAACGCGGCCAGUCUCGGCGCCCUCGACUACUUCAUGGACCUGAUCGACAUCGAGGCCGAGCAGCGCCUCGAGGACAACGACCGGCUGCGCAAGGAGCUCGGCGACAGCGCGCACGGGCUGGACGUCGGCAUGCCGCCGCCCGUCAAGAUCAUCGCCGGGAACAAGUGCGAUUUAAAAGACGCCCGCGCCAUCGCCGCCCGCGACGGGUUGGAGUACGCGCGCCAGCAUGGUUGUGGGUUUAUGGAGACGAGUGCGCGGGAGAUGGUGAAUAUUGAGGAGACGUUUGCCCUCUUGGUGCGGCGCGUGGUGGAGGCGCGUCGAUUGCAUUAUCAGAGCGGUCGGGCGACAGCGCACGGUCCUGCGGGGGAGUCGUCAGCCGCGAAGACGCCUGGCGAGGCGAGAAGUCGACCGGCCGAGGUGAAAGCGACCGAGACAAGACGUUCGCCGGGAGGUUGGCGUCGCAUGUGGAGAGUGUAUAAUAUUGUAUAUCACAUAUCACAUAUUGCAUAUUGCAUCGCACAUCGCAUCAUUCCAAGUCAUCCACUACGGGCGAAGCCCGAAUAA